CCACAAUGGCUACAGGUUUUAAAUCAUCGAUUGUGGCUAGUUAUCGUUAUUUGCAUAUAUGCUACUUUUGCUGGAAUGCUUAUGAGUGGAUUUGCCGUAGGAACGGUUACUUCGGUCGAGAAACGUUUCGGUCUGAGCAGUACAGAAACGGGAGCCAUGCCAUCGGCCGCUGAAGUUGCUAGUGCAGUAGUUGGAGUUACGGCUAGCUAUCUUGGUGAUCGAGGGCAUAAAGGAAGAUAUUUAAGCGUGGGUGCUUUAGUUAUGGCAGUAGGAGCGUUCACUUAUUCGAUACCCCAUUUCGCCACCGAAAAAUAUGUUGUCGCUAGUUUUUCCAGCAAUUAUACCGAUUUAUGUCUUGUCAAUUCGUCGCUAUUAUCAGGCAGUUGUGAUGCAUCCUCAUCAGUUUCCAGCAAUUCCUAUCUGCGUAAUUUCUUUUUCCUGUUUCUAAUCUCACAGUUAUUGAUGGGUGCAGGAAAUAACUUGAUCUGGAGUGUUGGUACUACUUAUAUCGAUGAGAAUGUUCCUCCAGUCUCUUCGCCGUUAUAUGUUUCAUCGCUCUUUGUUAUUAGUAUUAUAGGCCCUUCGCUGGGCUAUAUUAUCGUCGGGAUCUUUCUAGAUAUGUUUGUUAACUGGCCAGAAGCAGCGCCACCAGGUUUAACACCUCAAGAUGCGCGAUGGAUUGGUGCCUGGUGGCUGUGCUUCGUCAUCUCUGCUGUUUGCUUGCUUGCUGCGUCUAUUCCUCUUUUCGGAUUUCCACGUAAAUUACCUGGCUAUGAAGAAUACAAACGUAUCCGACAAGAAGAAGCUAAAGCUACUAACAGAAUUGAUAAAGGAUACGGCAACAGCGUUUCAGAUUUUCUGAAAGCUAGUCGUGAUUUAUUCAAGAACGUUCCGUUUGUCUGCUUAUUCAUUUCUGGAACAUUUGAGUUUCUCGCAGUCAAUGGCGUAACUUGGUUUUUUCCAAAGAUUUUAGAGACACAGUUUCGUUUACCUUCUUCUGAAGCUAGCCUUACUGUAGGUUACAUUAGUAUAGUUGGAGGAUGCAUUGGUAUGUUGCUGGGUGGAGUACUGUUGAGAGUCCUUAAAUUAAAAGGUCGUGGUGCAACCAAAUUAACUUGGAUUAUUGGUAUAUGUGAUUGUAUAGUUUUUACUGUUUUCCUACUCGGUUGUAAUAAUCUUCCUUUUGCUGGAGUCACCAGUCCUUACGGCAGUAAUUCGGUAAACGCAGUUAAUUUAACGGCAUCCUGUAACACAGAUUGUAUGUGUAACAACGUCAAAUAUAAUGCAAUAUGUGGAUCCGAUGGUAAAACCUAUUAUUCCCCAUGUCAUGCCGGCUGCACCAGUAGCUAUGUCGAUAGCAACCGUUCUGCAACUAUUUACCACAACUGCAGUUGCAUUCAAAAUGUCAAUCGGACAAAAUAUAGUUAUGAUGCUAUCCAGGGAUCAUGUAUCUCGGAAUGCCCACAAUAUACGCUAUUUGUGAUUGGUGCUUCUAUUUCAAUGGUCUCCAUUAUGGCUAAAACUGUUCCAUCCAUAGAAGCUAUAAUGAGGUGUGUUGGUGAUGAUCAAAGAUCCUAUGCUCUGGGGCUUGUUUCGUCCUUGGUACGCUUAGCUGGAAAUAUACCAGGUCCGCUUAUUAUUGGAGCUUUUAUUGAUCAAUCGUGUAUCUUAUGGACACAAGAAUGUAGCUCUACCCGUACAUGUUGGUUAUAUGAUAGCAGAAACUUGGCGAAUUACCUUUAUGGUUCUAUGAUUUUUGUUAAGAUUGUAUCUGUAACAUUUUUUAUAUUGUCUUGGUGGUUCUAU